AUAUUUAUUUGAUUUGUUAUUUUGAUAAUAAUGUAAGAACAAAAAUUAAUAUUUGAAACAAACACUACUAGUACUAAGUAGACACUACACUAGUAUUAAUUUAAUUAAGUUGGACUUAAAAAGAAACUUUUAAAAAUAAUGAUAAAGAAUAAAGUUCCAGUGAAAUAAAAACAAUGGUUACUGAAGGGCUUCCGGGAUUGACUACUACUGAAGCUUUACGCAUAUUAUAUAAUGAAAUAUCAAAACUAAGAAAUGAUAUUAAAGAACAACAAACUCAAGGAGGCAAAGACAAAUUAUGGAUUCAAGAUGCAUUAAAAUAUAAUAGUCCAUUUACUAGUAUUUGUUGGAUUACAGCUUUGAUUAUUUUUGUUUGUGGAUUUACAUUUAUCAUCAUUAGUUUUGUUUAUGAUGAAUUAUGGUAUCUUUUUGAUGAUGGAAUAUUAUUACUAGUAUUAUUAAUUAUCAAUCUUGCUACCGUAUUAUGGGAUAACAAGUUAAGACAUGAAGAAAUGUUCAUUAAACUUGAUCAUGUGAUGAAAAAACUUAAUUAUUAUAAAGACAAAUGUAUUUGGAAGAAAGAUAAUUAUCCACACCUAUGUAUGCCAUAUUCACCAUCAGUUACUCUACAGUGGACUCAGCGUGAUGGUGUAUUAGUCAAUUUACCAUGGGCCUUAUUAGUAAAAGGUGACGUAGUACUUUUAAAACCAGGACAGACUUCUCCGUGUCAUGUUUCUAGACUCAGGGAAAAAGAUAAAUGGGCUCCAGCUGAAUUGACUAGAUGGGAAAUUUUUAAUCCAGAUAUUUCAUCAUCUAUGACAAACAAAACUACAGUACCAACUAUGGUGUCUCGUAAUCCAUUAAAGAAUGUUGCCUACAUCUUAAAUGAAACCCCAUACUUGAAUAAUUUAAAGCUUGCCUUAGAAUUAUCACAAAAACGACCUUGCAGUUUUUACACAAAAUGUUUGUAUUUAUUACAAAUAAUAUUCAUACAAAAAUUUGCUUUAGCCUCAUUUUUGGGAAGUAUUGUUUUAACUGUUUGGUGGCGUUGGUCUUAUAUUACUCUUUGGUUAAAAUCUGGUUCUUGGGUAUCAAUGUUUAUUGUAAUCCCAAUUUCUGUACUUAUUCCACUUUUACCUUUGAUGUUACCAAUCGCAUGGGCACUCAUGACAUGUUAUGGGAAUGCAGUAUUGCAAUCAUCUACUAUAGUUCAGAAAAAUAAAGAUAUUUUUGAAGAAACUGAAACUGAAGUGAAAAACCAUUCUUUGGAAUUUUCUCUUGAGUAUUUGUGGAAAAAUUUUUAUUCUUGUGUUUUGGGAAAUGCAAAUUUCUUACAUCGGUCCACUAAUCUAUUGCAUGUCAUGGGAUCUGUUACAGCAUUAUGUUGUGUGGAUAAAAAAGGUAUAUUAUCUUGGCCUAAUCCAACUGCUGAAAAAGUUUUUUUUUUGCAAAAUCCAUCCAAAUCAUCAUCAAGAUCUAGUUUUGUAGAUCAUAAUUGUAAAGAGACUCAAAGAAAAUGUUAUGAUGGUUCUUUGCAUACUCAAGAAAAUUAUGCUGUUGAAGUAUUAGAUUUAACUCAUGAUAGGGGUUCAGCUUGGCGUUUACAAUUUGAUGAUGCAAGUUGGUCAAAUCAUAUAUCUUCAUUAAAACCUCUAGGUCUAGCAGUAUUAUUAAAUACUUGCAACCCAUCAACACAUGCUCAUUAUGCUCAGUUUUGUGCUCAUGUAUCUUGUCAAGCUUUAUAUAGUGAAGUACUUGUUCCUGUUACCAACAGAAGAUGUCUAUGUGAACUUGCCCGACAAAUAGGAUUUUCGGAAUCAGCUGAUGAUAUUUUUGAACUUCAAUUGCAGUUAUCAACAUAUAGACAUGUACAAGCUGAUGCUGUACGUAGGGAUAUUAAGUUUGCCAGAUCGUUACCAAAUACUACCAAAUUGAAGUUUCCAUUUCCUCAUAUGGUAUGUGUAGGAUUAAGAGAGCGAAGUAUUGGUAAGGCUGCAACAAGUUUACAACUAUUCAGUCAAGGUACAGCUGACAUAAUAUUAGAUGCUUGUAUUGAUUUUUGGGAUGGUCAUGAUCUUAGUCCUGUUUCUCCAUCAGUGAGGAAAAAAGUACUAGAUUUUUAUCAAAGAAAUAGUUUAACUGCUUACUGUACAGCGUUUUCAUACCGACCUCUUCCAUUACCACCAGAUAAGAGUUUCUCAGAAAUAUAUUUAGAGUUACCUGCGGAUUGUCGCAAAUUAUAUUCAAAAUUAUGUCGUAGUCCAACACCACAUCCAUGGACAUCGAAUACACAUUCAGUAAGGCAACCACAAUUUCAUUCUUCAGAUUCAUUGUUAUUUGGUGACUGCAAUGAAUAUAACUCUAAAGAUGUUAGUUGUUGUUUUGAAACACAGUGUAAUCAGAUAUUCUUAGGAAUGGUCACUAUGCAGUAUCAACCUCAGUAUGAUAUGGUCCAAUUAAUUGAGCUUUUAGAAAGAGCUUGUAUACGGUUUGUUCAUUUUAGUAAAGAAAAUGAACUUCGGUCAAGAGUUUUUUCAGAAAAAAUGGGCUUAGAGAGCGGAUGGAAUUGUCAUAUAUCAUUAUUAGGUGAUAGUCAAACAAGAACUCGUCUUGAUCCUAGUGAGGGUGCAGCAACUUGUGAUGAUGAGACUAGCUUUUUGAUACCACUAACAUCAACGAGUCAGUCAAAGAAAAAAUUAGCUGAAUACGAACAUAAUCUAUCUGUUGAUUGUUUUCCUCCCUUGAAUAUUAAUUGUGCUGCUCUUAAUAUGUCACGUACAAUAAGUAUGUCAGCACCAACUGCUUUGAAUAUGGACUACGCUCAAGUUACAAUUGAACAUGAUGGAGAAAAAAUUAUAAAGCCAAUGCUUGUUCAAAAGGAUUCUAUUUUGAAUGACAAUAGCAAUGUAAUUGAUAUAGAAAAAAGUGGAGAUGAAUGGCACUCAUUAAGCUGCAUGUCUGAUAGUACUGAUCAAAGUGUUCCUGUUAAUUUUGAUAUGUAUAAUCGAGCAAAACUUCCUCGUGGCAUUGAAAAUAUCAGACCUCACUUAGAAUGUAUAGAUAAUGUUCCACUUUUAGUUUCACUAUUCACUGACUGUACCCCAGAAGCUACUAAAGAAAUGAUAUCAAUAAUGCAACAGUAUGGAGAAGUUGUUUGUGUGCUAGGUUCAUCUCCCAAUGCAGAAAAUAUUGGUAUAUUUAUGCAAGCUGAUGCAAGUCUUGCUAUUGAACCAAUUUACCCACAAGUAUGUCAGAGAAUUAGCAUCAUGCACCAACCAAAUCCAAUAGAUGCUCCAAUAUCUCCAGUGGGUCUCUCUGAAUUAUUGAACUCUCUUCCUUGUUGCUUAACACUUAAUCGUCAAGAUCCAUUACCAGUGUACCAUCUUAUUAUGGAAGGAAGAUAUUUAACGCAGGGGAUAUGGAACUGUGUUCAAUUUUGGACUAGUUGCAUGGUUUCACUUAGUUUUCUUCAACUACUUGCAAUUGCUCUUGUUUUACCUCCUAUUUUAUCAGUUGGUCAAGUUUUAUGGCUUACGUGUGUAGUUGUGCCACUUCUAUCAGUAUCUUUAGUGGGAGGUCCAACCGACCCCGGGGUGAUGCAAAAACCAACUGGUAAAAAUCAAUGUUCAAUUACAACUGAAUUAUCCUAUUACGUAAUGUGGUUUUACGGUCUAAAAUUCCUACCUGUUGUGAUUAAUACGGUACUGCUUUUUAUAUGGUCACUAAGCCAAGCAUGUGAUUUGAUUUUGAACACAUCUACUACUAAUAAUGCAACUACUGAAAUUCAACAAUGUUGGUAUGUGUACCCAGAUCCUAAAGAAACCGAAUGGGGAGGUUGGUCAAAAUUUGAGCCCACUAUUGUUAGUGUGCAAAGAUUAAUGUUACUGUUUCUUGUAAUGAAUUAUGUUACUGUGUCUUUGAGCUUUGUCCAUCGUGAUUAUUUACUUUGGAAACGAACUAUAUAUCUAAACAAACCUUACCUGAUCACAUCAAUAAUUAUCAUUUUAGUUCAAUCCUUAUAUACAAUUCAUUACGAAUACUUUGACAACAGUGGUGAUCAUAUUAGUAUUUCCAAACUAUCAAUAUUGAUCUUGAUUGCUGGACUUAUAUCUCUGUUUCUGGUUUUUAUUAUUAAUGAAACUGUUCACUGGCAAGAAAUAAGGGCAAAUGUACGCUAUCAAAAAAGGGCAAGAUUAGACUUUGGAACUAAACUUGGUAUGAAUUCUCCAUUUUAAAAUAAGAACAUUUAUGUAUUUGUCAUGUUAGUUAACAUUAAAAUACAAGUAGUUAUGUUAUGUGAUAUUAAUUGCGCUAGACUGAACUUUAUAAUGUUCAAAUUAUAUAAUUUUUGUAAACAAUUGAAUAAAUUAGUAAAGUAAACGAUUUAAACUAA